AUGGAGAUUCCUGCCGAGAUUGAACUGCCCAAACCACCUGUAGUACCGCCCAAGACACUACGCGACAGAUUCACACAUCGGCUUCCGACAUAUACUGGACCCUACAAUGUUGGUUAUAUGGACAUUGAAGUCCCAGCCCGAGACCCCCGGCCAGUCUCUGAACUGAAACGACACGGAAAGCCUGUCAUUCGUCUGGACACCGUCCUGAUGGGCAUCUACUAUCCUUCCGAGCUGCGGAACGACCUUAAGACGCCAGAUGGUCGAAAUACCCUCCACCGAGUGAAUUGGAUGCCCCGGCCACGGAUAGCUACGGCUAAGGGCUAUGCCAAAUGGAUGAAUUUGCCUUGGCUCCCAGUAGCUGGUUAUCUUGCCUCUACUUCUCUCUUCACCAAACUACCCGCGUUUCGAAAUGCCAAGGUUGCAGACUAUUGGCCCGAUCAUAAGAGGAGCAGCGAAGACUCCAAGCGGGGAGAAGAUCCAAAACACAACGACAAACCAGAUACCGACAAGCCAGACACCGACAAGCCAGACACCGACAAGCCAGACACCGACAAGCCAGACACCGACAAGCCCACGUUUCCUGUCAUAAUAUUCUCCCAUGGGCUGGGAGGCUCAAGAUUAUGUUAUAGUACGAUAUGCGGAGAGCUUGCUAGUUUGGGUUUUGUGGUUGUAGCUGUGGAACACAGAGAUGGAAGUGGCGCGCGCACACAUGUCAGCUUGCCGGGCGAUAUCGAGGCCAACGAGAUAGAAUCCUCGACGGCCGUUCUUUACAACCACAGCGACGACACAUCGCCGGGUGGGGAGCGCAAGCAUGUUCGGAGGCGAAGGAAGAAGGAGUUGAACCCAUAUUAUGUUGUCGACUACAUCUUACCUAAGGACAAUGCUCAAGACACAGCACCUCACAACCCCCGAGGGGUAGACCGGAAGCUGCGGUCAGCUCAGAUCCAACUCCGCCUUGAGGAGAUCAAGGAGGCGUUCCACGUUCUUGGGAUGAUAAAUGGAGGGCAAGGAGACGAAGUCGCAGCCAUGAACCUUCGGAAAAAGGGAAAUAUCGGAUCGAGUUCGAUAGGGCUGACUGGUGUUGAGUGGGACACCUGGAAGGACCGAAUGUUCCUCGAGAAUGUCACAGUCAUGGGCCAUUCCUUUGGUGGCGCAACAACUGUCCAAGUACUUCGGGAUGACUCACUGUCAUGGGUUGGACAAGGCAUAGUCCUUGAUAUUUGGGGCCAAGGGACCCCACCGGGAGGAGAAACGCCGAAUAAUACGGUCAAAAAGCCUCUACUCUCCAUUUCAUCCGAGGCAUUCAUGCAUUGGAAAGCGAACUUUGAGCGAGUUGUGGACAUCUGUAAUGAGACUCGUGGAUCCGGUGCCCUCUGCUGGAUGAUGACUAUUGUUGGCUCAACGCAUCUGACAAUGUCUGAUUUUGCUAUCCUCUACCCUCACUGGAUGUCUCUUUUUACAAAGACAAUGGUCAACCCGAUUCGGGCUCUAUUUCUUUGCGUCUCACCAUCACUUGAAUUUCUCAAAAUCGUGCUUCCCUCAGAGCAGACAGAGAAUACCGCCUGGCCUAAUGAUGAGAAGCUCCUCAUCUCGGAAGACCCUCCAUCGGAACCAGAAGAGGUAUUAUUGCCAGAUCAUGCUCCUGAACACAAGUGGGUAGCCAUGAGGCUGCGAAUCCAGAAUGAGUUCUGGGUGAGGCUCCGGGCAUGGUGUCGAGUUCUCAAACGUAGGAUACUCCGUCAGGUUUCUAGUGAAGCUGAAUUUAUUAAAGGCCUCCAAGACUUAAGCGCGCACACGGAAGAGAUGUGGACUCAUAUUUGUCCUAGCCCUGGGGAUGUCGAGCGAUAUUCAGGGCGAGCAAAGUCCUGA